AUGGAAAAUUUUACUACAACAACAAAACGUAGAGCAAGUGAAUCAAAAGCAAGUGAAGCAUUAGCAUUAAUUAGGAAUACUGAUCAACAAGGUCGAGUACCUCCUCCUUUACCUUAUUUACCAGCUGAUUAUAGACCUUCUCCUGACAGUCCGCGCCAUUUUCUCGUUUCCUCAACUCAUCCUGCAUCUGUCCUUUUUGACAUUAAUAGUCAAACUGGCAGUAGUAAUAGAAGGCAACGUUCUCAUUCUAUUGGAUAUCCUUUAGCUAUUGAAAAUACAGUUAAUAGUUCCUCUUCCGUAACAAAUAAUACUAGUUCUUCAAAUAUAGAACAUUAUGAACUUGUUCCCUAUCAUGAAUGGACCAUCAUUGCACGGAACCAGGAAAAAGGACAACUUGUAUUAUAUAAUCAAGAUAACCAAUCUAUUACUGUUCAAAAUUAUUUACCAAAUCAUUUUGGAGAUAUAAAUACAGACAGGCCACUUCAUUUCAAGUCAAAUGAAAAAUUUUGUCCAUAUUGUCAUCAGCCUAUCCUAUCUCCUUCAGGUCCAGAAAGAAGACUCAAGACAGAUGAGCCUGAUUAUAUGGAUCGUAAUUAUUUUAGAUUAUUAGCUUCUUCACAAGCUAAUACUGCAUCCAAUUCACCUACUCGCUCAAGGUCAAAUACUCUAAGCUCAGAAUCAAAUAAAUCAGAGUCAUUCAAUAAUCAAAACUUGAACGCAAAUGCUUUUAAUCAAGGUUAUUAUUCAAAGUUUUUUGUUGAAAUAAACAAGUUGGGAAAGGGAUUUCGUGGUAGCGUGUUUUUAUGUGAGCAUGUCUUGGAUGGGGUCAAAUUAGGAAAAUAUGCUGUGAAAAAAGUAGCUAUUGGAAAUAAUCAUCCAUGGCUUGUAAAAAUGCUUCGUGAAGUUCAUUUAUUAGAAAGAUUACGCCAUCCAAAUGUUGUAAGUUACAAGCACUCUUGGCUCGAGUAUUGUCGCUUAACACCAUUUGGUCCUGAAGUGCCUUGUCUUUUUAUCUUGAUGGAGUGUGCAAAUGGAGGAAACCUUGAGGAAUACUUUGAAAGAACAAAGACGGAUAAGAAAUCAGAGAAUCCAAUGGAACCACAAAGGAGAAAAAAAUCAUCGAGUGAAUUAAAAAGAGAAAGGAUUAGAAAACAAUAUCAAGAACAAGCAUCAUUUGAACAAGAACAAGAAAUAUCUGCUCCUAUAAGCCAUAUUACUCGACGUUUAUUAACAAUGUCCGAGAUUUGGUCAUUAUUUUUAGAUAUCGUACAAGGAUUAGCACACUUGCAUCAACAUAAUAUAGUUCAUCGUGAUUUGAAGCCACCCAACUUAUUAUUAAAAUAUGAUGACCAUAAAAGAUAUAAUAGUUAUCAGGGAAUUCCUAGAGUAUUAAUAUCUGAUUUUGGUGAAUGCGAAGAUUUAGAUGAAAAUUAUGUAAAUGAUGAUAAUAGAACGGGUGCAACGGGUACAUUAGAAUUUAUGGCACCUGAGCAUGUUUGUUUAGAUCUAAAAGGUCGAAAUACGGUGGAGUAUGCUCCUGAAGCAGAUAUGUGGUCUUUGGGUAUGGUUCUCUAUUUUCUUUGUUAUUCAAGGCUUCCGUAUAAUGUGAUUGAUGAUGUUGACUUGUUAAGAUCAGAAAUUCUUUCAUUCAAAGAAGUUCAAUUUCCUGGUUCAAGAUAUGAUAUCUAUAAAGAUAAUUCUAGUUUAUAUACAGAAGCAGUCAAUGAUCCAAAUAUAGUAUCUGAUAUACCCAAUGAACUCAAAUUAUUAAUUCGUAUGUUACUUUCAACGGAUCCCUCUAAACGACCUUCGUGUAAUGAAAUUUUAUCAAAACUUCGUGCCUUUCGAAUCGACAAGUCAACACCUCUUUAUGAAGAUAUUCAACAUAAAUGGAACAAUAUCACCACAACAGCUCCUUCAACAUCUUAUGCUCGACCCUCAGCCUCCUCAUUUACUUAUCAUCCAACUACUACUACUACUUCAAGGAAACCCUCUUUACCUUCAGUUCUAUCUACUGAUACUACUUCCUCCUCUAUCAUUUUUGAUACAGAAGAUUCAAAAGAAACACAGGAUUAUUAUCAUUCUAUAAAAAGGCCUAUUAAGCAUCGACUUUCAUCAUCUACUCAUUCUACACCUCCUAUUUCAGAGGAUAAAGAGAUGUAUAGAGAAGGUAUGAAUACGACAUUAAGAAAAAGACAACGACUAUUGGGAGCUGAAGAUAAAGAAGGAGAAGAGACAGUGAUGAGUGAUGCCGAUGAUAUGAGAACCAAAGAAGGACAAAAGAGAGAAGAAGAUAUGAUACAUCAAGAUUUAUUAUUAGUGAAUAACAUGUUAGAAGCAUCACAAAGAAACCGUAGAUUAUUAGACUAUCAAUCUACUAAAGUGAUUAAAACGAUUACUGUUCUAUUGAAGAUUAUUUCUUGUACUUAUUCAUGUUCACCUUAUUCUACAAAGCCUAGUCUAUUUUACCCAGUCAUCUUCUUUGCUAUGCUCGAUUUCUGGAGUGAAUCCAAUUCACCAAGUCUUUUAUUACUUGUAUUGCAUAUUGUUUUAAUUAUGGGCACCACUUUAAUUUCAGGAGGUUUAUGUGAAGCUUAUUAAUGACUGACUGAGAGAGUGUUUAUUAUUAUUUAUUGUCUAUAAUUUGAAUUGAAUUAAAUAUCCUCCAUUUAUUAUUAUUAUC